AUGCACGGCGCGAGCGAUGGACAACACAGGUCGGCAAGGCUCCUUGUUCAGACGCUGGUCAAUGGCCCAGCCCAGAAGGCCAGGGCUGUCCAACUCAGGCGCCAUGGCCAAUCUACCGUGCGGCAUACGUAUCAAAGGUUCGGGCACGAGGGCUACUGCUUGAUGACAAUUGUUUUCAUCGCCGAAGAUUUCCACACAAUCAGUCCCUUGAUGCGGAAGCGGAAGCCAACAAUCAUCCACGUCGUCAAUCAGUUGGCCAGGGCCGAAGUCCAUGCUGCCAGCUCUUCCUCGCAGGCACUCAUUGCUGCCCACAAGAUUUCAAACCCGUGGCGGAUUGAAUCACCGGGACACGAACUUUGA